UGCACACCCUUGCGCGCUCAGUUUAGGCGGACAACCGGGGUGGAGAGGAAACACCGUUACACACGCGCACGCGCGCAGAAGGAGGGAUGGUCUCCGCGCGCUCACUUCUCAUUUUCAUUGACUUAAUCUGAAACUCAGAUGAACUCUAGUUUUUGCUGAUUUUUGCCUUCAGUUUUGUUCACUCGGUUUCAUCUCAGCUCACUUUUCUGUCAGUUAGGGAAUCCCGGAGCCUCGUGCGCUGCCUCGCGCAGACGGACAAGCCGGUUCACACACGAGACGCUUAACGGACCGAGAAGCAACAGGAGGUUUCGCGAGCGACUCACACCGGGACAGGAAGGAUUGUAACGGAGACUUUUGGAGCACACUGCGGCUCUUUGACUCUGCCUGCCCGGUACUGAUCCAACCACUGCCCGGUACCGACUGGACACACAGUCUGACCCGGGAUAUCUGCUGUCUGACCCGGGAUAUCUGCUGUCUGAGAGUUUGUCCUUCAUCAUGCGUCCCUCAGAGGGCAGCGUGUGCACGCACUGCAGCCUGAUCCUGGUCCUGGUUCAAGUCCUGGUCCUGGUCCUUCCUGUGGCAGGAUACACUCUGGAUCAGGAACACAGUCUGGAGUUCAGCGGCCCCCCCUCCUCCAUGUUUGGAUACUCAGUCCUGCUUCAUCGCCACAGAGCUCACAGCUGGUUGGUGGUUGGAGCCCCAGUAGCGAACUCGUCCUCCAGUCCGUCGGUUCGAUCUCCAGGAGCUGUUUACCGCUGCAACAUCACUGCUGAGCGCCAGCUCUGCCACCACAUACAUGCUGACAUGCUGAGCUGUGGGAAGACAUGUGAAGCAGAGAGUGAUCACCAGUGGAUGGGAGUCAGUCUGUCCAGACAACCUGGAGACAAUGGAGGACACAUCCUGGCAUGUGCUCACCGCUGGAAGAACGUCUUCUACUCAAAGAAAGACGGUCAGAACCACAAGCUGCCUAACGGAGUCUGUUAUCGCUAUGGCAGCGACCUGAGACACGCCCAACCCAUCAUCCCCUGCUACAGAGACCACCAGAGGAAGUUCGGUGAGGAUUAUGGGUCAUGUCAGGCCGGUAUUUCUAACUUCCUGACAGAGGAUCUGAUCAUCAUGGGGGCUCCGGGGACGUCUUAUUGGACGGGCUCAGUUCUGGUCUUUAACACGUCCAGCGGAGGGAUGUCAGUGUACCUGGACGACGAUGCUGGAGCCGUCAGCUAUGGAAGCUACCUGGGUUACUCUGUCGGAGCCGGUCACUUCCUGAGUCCUGCUACUGUGGAGGUGGUGGGUGGAGCUCCGCAAUACAACCAGAAGGGCAAGGUCUUCAUCUUCACAGUAGACAAUACCAUGCUGCGGGUCGUCUCCGAAGUGUCCGGAAAAGAGCUGGGAUCUUACUUCGGCUCCAGUGUGUGUGUGGUGGAUCUGAACGCUGAUGGUUUGUCAGAUCUGUUGGUCGGCGCUCCCAUGGCAACAGGCAUCACCAGGGAGGAGGGAAGAGUCCAUGUGUACAUCAACCAGGGGCAGGCGAAGCUGUUGGAGGCGGAGUUUCAGCUGACUGGCAGCAAUGCCUACGCCGCCCGAUUUGGAGAGACCAUCGCUGACCUGGGAGACCUGGACGAUGACGGUUACUCUGAUGUGGCGGUUGGUGCCCCACAGGAAGACGACCUAAAAGGAGCUGUCUACAUUUACAACGGCAGGAAGGACGGUAUCUCACCAACUCCAUCUCAGAGGAUUACUGGAUCCACCCUAGGUCGUGACGUCAGGAUGUUCGGCCAGUCGCUGAGCUCUGGCAUUGACAUCGAUGAUAACGGCUACCAGGAUGUGGCGGUUGGCGCGUUCCUCUCGGACUCGGCCGUGGUUCUCAGGACCCGUCCUGUGAUACAAGUGAAGGCGUCUCUGGCUCUGCCUGAGCAGAUUGACCAGCGGGUGGCGCUGUGCAGAGAACACAAGACUCCGACUGUCUGCUUUAAUGUUACUGUCUGCUUCAGUGUCAGGUCCAGACAGUUCAGAGGAGCGAUAGAUCUUCAAUAUAAUUUGACCUCUGUCUAUAAACCAUCCUUCCCUCAUCGUUUCUAUUUCCAUGGUAACGGGUCAUCCAAUAGCACAAGGGGGCAUGUGAGAACACGACACGGCCAGCUCACUUGUUCAACACACGUGGCUUACCAAAGGAAAGAUGUGAGGGACAUUUAUACUCCGGUCCAGUUUGAGGCGUCCUACAGUCACAUAGAAGCAAAGACCCACAGAGCCUCUUCCAAAACCUUCCCUCCAUUAAAACCCAUUCUGCAGCAGAGCGCAGGACACAAGAACACUAUCACCAACCAGACUUGGUUUGCUCGUUCCUGUUCUCUGGUGAACUGUUCGACCAACAUGCAGCUCUCAGCUCAACUAGUGCUGCCACAUCAGCAGCAGUACUUUGCUCUUGGCUCUGGACAGACCAUCAUGUUGAAAACCUUGCUGCAGAACUCUGGAGAUGAUGCCUUUCUGCCGCGACUGACGCUUCGUUUCCCCAAAAAUAUCCACUACAUUAAAGUUUUGCAGAACGAGGACAAUGUGGUCAGUUGUGAUAUCACACAAGAAGUCAACAGUACAACGGCGGGUGUUGACUGUAGCGUCACCAGCCUCCUCCUCUCAGCCCACGCGCAGUUGAAUAUCAGCUUCCUAUUGGACAUUAACCAGAACAGCACACCUGGUGACAUCAUCAUUCACCUCAACACCAGCAGUGAUAACUAUGAGAGGGAGGAGUAUCUCCACGACAACUCCCUCAGUCUCCUUCUUCCUCUCAAAUAUGGAGUCAACGUCAACAUCCACGGUUUUGUGACUCCCACCUCAUUUGUGUUUGGAGAUGAAGACUCGACUCAAGUUGCCUGCUACACUGAAAGAUUCAACUACACGUACAAGGUGUUAAACUCUGGUCCCAGCAGGUCUGUAGAUACUGUGGUCCACAUCGCGCUACCGAAGAUCCUCACACCUUACAAACACAGACUGCUGCAGGUGGUCGACUGGCAGUCGACUCACGGUGUGUGUUCGAUCAGCGACACAACUGUUUCAGUCAUCGAGGACUGUGAUGUCCCUGAAGCUUCCUUCAUCAAACAGCUCGUCUUCUUCUUCUCCUCCACCACCACCCGCAGAAUGUUUUGUGGCCGUGGUGAUGAGGUGUGUGAGCGGUUGGUGUGUCAUCUCGGUAACCUGGAGGUGGGGAGAGAAGCCAUUAUCCAACUGGAGAUCAGACUGAACCCUGCUGUACUACUGCAAGCUCCGGGUCGUCAUGGUAUCAUGAGGUUAGAGAGCACAGCAAUGGUGUCAAAUCCCAGAGAAGGUCCUCACACCAUCCUCAUCAACGAUCAACCUGUCGCACAGGUGGUGGUGGAAGCUCUUUUUACCCAGAAACCCUCAACAACAGUGCAAGUCUUCAUCAUCGUCGUCAGUUUAAUUUUGGGUCUGAUGAUCCUGGCUGCUCUCAUCUGGUGUCUGUGGAAGGCUGGUUUCUUUAAGAGGGAGAUCCAGAAGAAGGAGUUGAGGAGAGACAGCUGGGACUAUGUUCCUAAAAACAACAAAAGAGAGAGCACUUCCUAACCCCUGACCUCUGACCAUUGCGUGGAGUUCACAUUGUGACUGUGCAACGAUGGAUGGAGCGCUGUGUAUGAAAAUAUGGCAACCCAAUUUGUCCAAAACAGUAGAAAGUACUGCUGUUGAACGUCAUCGGCCAAUGAAAUCUGUCCAGACUGUGUCAGAUGGUUUGAAGCCACACUCAUGACAAGUCAGCUGGUUUCGACCCAGACCUGUCUUGAGUGUGACGGAUGAUAAAAUGUCUCAAGUGAACGCCUCCCGAACACACAUGAAUCUGACCGUGACUUUUACACUAUUUUGCCUGAUGUGCCUUCACAAAUACAGACAAGUUCAAAGACUUGAAAAAGCAGCGAUGAAUGGAGGAUUAAUUAAAAGGGAAGUGAACCUGAAACAAUCAAAUCUUGACCAAUUAGAAGGCCUCUGGGCUUCCUGGGGAUGUGACAUCAUCUGUGACUCUUUUAAGAGGAAACAAACCAAAGGAAGUGAUUUUCUGAUGACCUUUGAUCUCAGGGGAUGGAAACCUGGCCUCUGAUUGGCUCAUGACUCUCUGGAAAACCUCAGUUUGGUCUGUGUACAUUAUUUCUACAUUUUUGUUUAUCUGCUGACCAACACUUUAUGUACUGGUGACACACACACACACACACACAAGUAGUACGCAGGUGCUGAUGGUCUACUGGGAUGUGCUGGUACAGUUCUUACGUAGAAAACAAUCAGCACGCCGAACGCCAUCACUGUUUGUGCUGGUUUUCACUCUGGUUUUUGUUCAUCUAAAGGCCCGGUCACACCAGCAUUUAAUGAUGACGUUUCAUGUCAGAAUCUCUUAAUUUCAACUGAGUCACAUGAUCAAUGGAUUUGCGCACAGGGGCAGUAAAUAUGUGCGAAUCUGGCCAAUAGCAAGCCGUCUUAACAGUGCUGACCUUUGGGGGAAAGGAGAGCUGGAGAGUCCAAAAUGGAGAAAGCUAUCGUAGCUUAUUAGUUGUGUUGCACCAUCCACUUUUAUUUAACCUCCUCAGUCGGAGUAUAAACUGCUCCACAAAAGAGGAAUGGUUUGUCAACUGUCAACUGUACAAAUAUGUAUUUUGUCUCGUUAGCGAACCAUCAACUAGACAAUAACUCACAGUUAGCGCUUGCACGUUAGCUUUUUUUCCCCUUCUCAAUAUCUGAAUUGAAUUGAAUUACAGGAUGUACAAUGUUGAGAACAAAAUGCCAGGGGGGAAGUAAACAGCCCAAUAGAAAGAAGAAAGAAAAUAGAAAGAAGCUAUUGUGUUAGCGGUUAGCUCACCACCUACAGUAGUUCACCAACUAGCUCUGUGAGUCACUGGGUACUUUCCAUUUGGCCAGCGUGGCUCUUCGCUUCCCUCACUCGGUCUAACUCCUCCCAGUGGGGAUGCGAGCAUGGAGGGAUCAUAGUUACCCAACGGGACAUCCUCACUCACUUCAGCAUCAUUUUGAGGAGACUCCAAAUACUCAUGACGGACAACAUCUUAACUGUCAAAUGUUAAGAAAUAAUUCAGUAAAAGUAUAAAAGAACAAACAUCUGGUGCCUGAUGACUGCUGGUCCAACACUUAAUAUAGAUAGUUGUGAUAUUGGGCUAUAUAAAUAAAAUUGACUUGACUUGAAUAUAUGUGGCAUCAGAAUGUGAUAGAAAUAAUACACUUAAGAAAAUUAAUUAAAAAGCAGAAUAGAUGUGAGGAAGCAAUAAAAACAGCUAUAAAUGCUCUGAAUAAAAUCUAUAGCUUAAUGAGUUUGUAAAAGACCACAGACCACUGACGUCUUUUUCAGCCUCAGGAUGAUAUUAUAGGACUAAUAAUAACAACUGUGGAGGUGCAGCUGUAGGACUGUAACUGUAUAUUUUUAUUAUAUUUUUUGAUGCACUUGGAAUGGAAAAGGUUUUGCCAAACCUACAGUACAAAUCAUGCAAUAUUAACAUUAUUUUAACAGCCCAGGCCAAUCAAGAGGAUAUACCUGUGGUUCCUUCUCUCUCCAAGCUCCUCGUCUCCUUCGAGAUGCUUUUAAGGGAUUGGAACAUCUUCGUUAAUGUCAGACCUCGAUGGAUUUCCAGGUCACGGGCCGGAGGAUGGGAGGAAGCAUAAUUAUCAGAAUGGAAAGCACCCACUAUUUCAGCAAGCUUCUGAAACCAAAUACUGCAUGGAGGAAUUUCGCUGUGCCACUUUCUGGUGGGACCGGGCCUUAACCCCGUCAGUCCGAUUUCACACUUGUUCCCUGUUUUUCUGAUCUGUGGUCAGCUUGUGUCGUCCGCUGUGCAGCUGUUUACCUCCGUACUUUUCUUGGUAACAAUCAUGACAUGCCCACAUGAAUGUUCAUCCUGUGGGAGUUCUCUAAUAAUAAUAAUAAUAAUAAUAUAUUUAAUUUAUAGAGCGCUUUUCAAGAUACUCAAAGCACAUGAAGCGUCCAACCAGUUUCACUGGAACUGAUCUCAAACCUGUUCAGGUGAACCCGGGUAUAGUUUCUUGGUCGACACCUUGGUUUGUAAAAAGCUUCAGUGUCACCAAAUUCUUCGGUGAACCGCUCCUGGAUUCAAACUAAACUAUCAGAGCAGUAAAAGAUGCAACUUGUUGGAUAACAGACAGGUAACAGAGCCAGCAACAAAUUGAGCCACAGGGUUGAAUGAUGGACGACUACUUGAAUAUCAGCAUUUAAAAGAAAUGUGUAACGUAUUUAAACUAUUCAACAGCAUUGUUUUAACGGUCUGUAUUUUGUGAAUGUAGACAUUUAAAACAGCUGCUACCUUCCCUUCUUUUUACCUAUUUAGUACAAAUGCACAUCACACACAGAGAUGUUUUUAAUAUUUUAAUAAAUUAGUUUGUUUUUGUUUAUGUGAAGUUGUUCUGCACUGGAGAGUCUCACUGCUUUUAUCAACACUUUUCUAUUAAAAUGAAGGAAUUUCUAUUUAAA